CACUCAAAGCCAAGACAAACGUGAGAGGAAAACAGUUUUCAACGGGUGCACGCAUCAGAAACGCCAUCAACUCUGUCCAAGUCUAACGAAAUUAAAUUACUAUAUACUAAUCAAACACAACAAAAUGGCCAUCACCACCUUUCUCUUCUCUCAAUCUCUAACACCUAAUCGCCAAAUCCAAACUCUGCAACAAACCUUUCAACUCCACGCAAAGCAGUUCCACAAGGCCUGUAAUUAUGGGAAAUACAGAGUCAAUAUCUGAAGAUAAUUUUUACCAACAUGCCCCUUAUUAUGCUGGGAGUUCAGUGAAUAAUAGCUAUCAUCAGCCAUCUACUUAUACUGGGAGUUCGGAGAAUACUACCUAUCAUGAAUCAUCUUAUGAUGGGGAUUAUUCGAAUACUAGCUAUAAUCAACUCUCUACUUAUGCUAGGAGCUCAGAAAACAGUCGUCAGCAUCCCACAUAUAUAGCUGAUCAUUUCAGCUCAUUGGAUCAGGUUGUUUCUGCUCUUAGAGAAGCUGGUCUGGAAUCUUCAAAUUUAAUUCUUGCUAUUGACUUCACCAAAAGCAAUGAGUGGACAGGCAAGCACUCUUUUCAUCGAAAAAGCCUUCAUCAUAUCGGAAACAGUCCUAAUCCAUAUGAGCAAGCUAUCUCCAUCAUUGGUCGUACUUUGUCUUCCUUUGAUGAAGACAAUCUGAUACCAUGUUUUGGAUUUGGUGAUGCUUCUACACAUGAUCAGAAUGUGUUCAGUUUUUAUGAAGACAAUAGAUUUUGUCAUGGUUUUGAGGAAGUACUUGGACGCUACAGAGAGAUUGUUCCAUACUUAAAACUAUCAGGUCCAACAUCAUUUGCCCCUGUAAUCGACGCAGCUAUUGACAUUGUGGAAAGAAACAACGGUCAAUAUCAUGUUCUUGUCAUUAUUGCUGAUGGACAGGUUACCAGAAAUCCAGAUACACCACAUGGAAGGCUUAGUCCACAAGAACAAGCAACCAUUAGUUCCAUCAUUGGUGCAAGUCACUAUCCUCUCUCGAUUAUAUUGGUUGGCGUUGGAGAUGGACCAUGGGAUGAGAUGAAGCACUUUGAUGAUAACAUUACUGAGCGAGUAUUUGACAACUUUCAGUUUGUGAAUUUCACAAAAAUCAUGUCCGAGAACAUUGAAGCAUCAAAGAAGGAAGCAGCAUUUGCACUUGCUGCCCUUAUGGAAAUUCCAUUUCAGUACCGGGCCGCCCAAAAUAUACAACUUACUGAUAGAGAAUCAGUUCUUCGUCAACAUAGAAGGCCUCUCCCUCCACCUAAUGAAGUAAUAGAUCAUGAUAAUGCACGCAUGGUUAUUCCUCACAUGGAAAAUUUGGAAUCAGUUGAACCAUCGGCUCCAGCUGGUAUUGAACCAGUAUGCCCCAUUUGUCUUAACAACCCGAAGGACAUGGCUUUUGGAUGUGGUCACACAACUUGCAAGGAGUGUGGUUCAACAUUAUCUUCAUGCCCGAUGUGCCGGAAGCAAAUUACAACUCGCCUGAGAUUGUACACUUGAGUGAAGAAGCUUAUACCUAUGUAUAUUACCCCAUGGAUGAUACAUUAAAAUAUGAUAACCCUUCCUUUCUUACCAUUUGAAUUCAAGAUUGAGAUGUACAGAGAUUUUGGGUAUAAAAUUCCUUAACAAAAUUCUCAUUAAAUGUAUGAAAAAAAAAACGGAUCAAAGUUAAGUUUCAGAUUUUGAAACUCUUUGCUUCUAGUUUGAAAUCAUGUAAAUGUUGUAAAUUUUCA